GAAGAGUCUGUUAUCACUUAUCAUGUGACAACAAUGAGGUCAUAGUAAACAAAUCAAUUUUUUAAACGACAAUCAUUAAUGGAGUUAUAGGUGGAACGUUCACGCAUUUUCAUCAUCUUCGUCGCAAGAAUCUUGUUCUUUCCUCGCUCUCCGAUCAUCUUAUUCCCUUCUUUAUAGAUUUGCCCCUUUUCACCUCACGAUUUUGUUCUCAUCAACGGAAAUAAUUGCCUUGUGUUUGCCGCUGUACUUUUUCUGGAAAACCGGUUUGGGUUUGAGAGCUUUUGUUCUAGUCUAGAGGAGAAAGUGCGAUUUCAACCGAUGGGAAACGCCGGAAGCAGCGUAUCGAACGCCCGGCGGAGGAGCAACAGCCACCGGAGGGCCCACCCAUCCGCGCCUCCACCGCAGCAUCCGCAGCCGGAUGUCAGCCCUAACAUGUACGUCUUUGCGGCGGCGACGCCUUAUCCUCCGCAAUACCCUAACGCUCCGCCGUAUUACCAGUACCCAGGCUACUAUCCGCCGCCUCCUUCCUCUGUGCCGAUCACCUUGCCGGCUCCGUACGACCACCACCACCAGCGCAUGGACUCGAAUUGGGUGAACGGUCGGUACCCUUGUGGGCCCAUCGUGCCUCAGCCAACGCCGUAUGUGGAGCACCAGAAGGCCGUGACUAUACGGAAUGAUGUCAAUCUAAAAAAGGAGACGCUACGGAUCGAGCCAGAUGAGGAGAACCCCGGGAAAUACCUCGUAGCUUUCACCUUCGACGCCACCGUUGCAGGAAGCAUGACCAUCAUUUUCUUUGGACAAGAAGGUGAAGACUGCCACUUGGCCCCGGCAAAGGAAGAUCUGCUUCCACCCGUGAUAGUUCAAUUCCAACAAGGUUUGGCCCAGAAGUUCAGACAGCCCUCUGGAACGGGAAUAGACCUUUCAAUGUUCGAUGAAGCUGAGUUGUCAAAGGAGGGAGAAAUGGAUGUAUAUCCCUUGGCAAUUAAGGCAGAGGCAUGCCCAGAUGACCAGAGUGAUGAAAACCCACUUUCUGGGCCUACCAAUUCUCAGAUAACCCAAGCAGUGUUUGAGAAAGAUAAAGGUGAAUAUCACCUUAGGGUGGUUAAGCAAAUCUUAUGGGUCAAUGGAAUGAGGUAUGAGUUGCAAGAGAUAUAUGGAAUUGGAAACUCCACUGAUGGAGAAAGUGAGGAAAGUGAGAAUGGGAAGGAAUGUGUCAUAUGCCUAUCUGAACCUAGGGACACUACUGUUCUUCCCUGUCGGCACAUGUGCAUGUGCAGUGGGUGUGCCAAGGUUUUGAGGUUUCAAACCAAUAGAUGUCCUAUUUGCAGACAGCCCGUGGAUCGCCUCUUGGAGAUCAAAGUCAACAAUGACACUGAGGAAUGAAACAUUUGUUGCUUUUAUCCCCCUUUGUAAAGCUCUUUCAUUUCUCUUUUAUGUGUGUUCUUUUCCAUCUUUUCUUCUUCUUUCAGUGAUAGAAGGUGUGUCCCAAUUUCAGAAAAAGUUGCUCAGUUGGCAAUUGCAUAGUUGAUGCUUUGCGCAAACAUUAUUCUCCUUAUUGAUGUAUUAUGACAAAUGUUGAGCAUCGACUCAAAUGGAUGUUAAUAUAAAAGUGUGGUAUUCUGGUUGGUACUUCUUAGUGUGUAAAAGCUAAUGCAUGAUUAUCAACUCGUGGAUUACAACGUUUCUGGAUGCGGAUUCAAUCUCAGGGUUCCUUUCCAUUCACCUGAAGUGUUGAACUGGAACUGGAAUUAGGUACCCUUUGAUUUUGGGCUAGUUAUGAUUACUUGGCCAAUUUGGAACAGGAUUUCAUGAUCGGUUGAGGUAUAGAAUAGAGGACCAAUUACUUCUAAUUAGGGAUGGACCUAGUCCACCGAUCCCGACCGAAUCAGAACCGGGCCCGACACUUUUUGGAAUCGGACGGGGACCGGUUUUCUGGUUCUGGCAAAGGGCUGCCCCCCUGCCUCUGUUUCAUAACCUGGUCCCGGGUGUGUUUGAG